ACAUAUGAUUGCGACUUACGGCCAAACAUGGCGCAGCGCGGUUGUAGCUGGGUGAAGAACUGAGUUAUUGAACUACAGACUGCUCGCCUGUCCCGUCUCUCUUCUUUCACGGAUAGGUUCACACGCUCUCUGAGCCUCGGCACGGCUAGCGAGCAGCGGCUGGAGAAGACACAUGGCGGCGCAGGGAGGCAUCUUGUUCCAGGAGAAGGUCAGCAGGUUGCUGAGCGGACACAACGGGAAACCAGUGCUGAAACCAAACAGGACUCUGGCUCUAAAAGAUGCUGUAGCCAACCGCAAACCCAAGAAAGGAGAGGCCACCUGUAUCACAGAGAUGUCCUUCCUGAUGGUCUGUUGGAAGCAGAACAACUUUGUGGACGGUCUGUGCUCUAAUGAGAUGAACUCCUUCUACUCUUGCGUGAAGAAGGCUCAGGCCGCGAUGAAGAGUAAAUCUGACCAGACGACAUCGCAGGGAGGACGUCUGCACCCAAAACUAGCCACCACCCUACUGAAGAGAUAUCCCAACCUGCGCACAGAGAUCUAAUAAUUCCCCAUUUGAACUUGUGGCCUUUAAAAGGACCUCAAAUGUGUAAGAAAUCAUCAUGUGAUGGACCUGUCAACUACUGUAUGAUUCAACAACGGGAUGCCAUUUACAUGUGUUUAAUAAAUAAAGGAUGGAGCACUGCACCAGCUCGUUCAGUCCCUUCACA